UUGCAUAAGCACGAGGUUCGUGGUCGCCUUCAGUCGUAUGCAGUGCAUACUCGGCACUGCUGUGCGGCUGCUGUCCGGUGUACAGUGUACAUGGAGACCGUUGAGCUGCACCUACGACCGGUUGGCAUAUGCCGGCUACAGACAAGCGCAGUCGCACUGACACUAUGCUCGUCUUGCCCAGCGCUUGUAGCCUCACUUACCGGUGCCACGAUCAUCCAAUCAUGGCGGACCACGAUAAGUUGCUUUUUGAUCCCGGUCCCUCUUGCUUCUUUGCAUCCUCCACGCUCAUUAUCAUAAGGUUUUCUUUCUGUUCAGUCUUUUGCUUUACGGAGUAUAGCGUCCGGACAAAGGGAUACGUUGAUGGAUAUGCGACUGUCAUAGCGUCAGGCGUCUAUGAAUAAUCGUCAAUUAUAACGAAAUCAUGAUACGAAUCCAUUGC